CCCGGAAGUCCGCGCGCCCCGCCCUCGAGCCCGGAAGUCCGCGCCGCCCCGCCCCGCCCCGUCGCAGGUUCGCGCCCCUGGGUGGCGGCGGGUGCGGACGGGCGCGGCGCGCUUCCUCGGGCCGGCGAAGGCGCCCUGCAGCUUCCCGUCAGCGAUGUACAUGCAGGUGGAGACGCGCUCCAGCUCCUGCCUCCACCUCAAGAGGGCCCCCGGCGUGCGCUCCUGGUCCCUGCUGGUCGGCAUCUUGUCCAUCGGCCUGGCUGCUGCCUACUACAGUGGAGAUAGCCUGGGCUGGAAGCUCUUCUAUGUCACGGGCUGCCUGUUGGUGGCCGUGCAGAACCUGGAGGACUGGGAGGAAGCCAUCUUCAACAAGAACACCGGCAAGGUCAUCUUGAAAACGUUCAGCCUCUACAGGAAGCUGCUGACUCUUCUCAGAGCAGGCCACGACCAAGUGGUGGUCCUCUUGAACGACAUCCGGGACGUGAACGUGGAGGAGGAGAAGGUCCGAUACUUUGGGAAGGGCUACACGGUGGUGCUGCGGUUUGCCACGGGCUUUUCCCACCCUCUCACCCAGAGUGCUAUCAUGGGCCACCGCAGUGACGUGGAAGCCAUCGCUAAGCUCAUCACCAGCUUCCUGGAGCUGCACCACCUGGAGAACCCCUCGGAGUUGUCUGAGAGCAGCGACAGCGAGGCCGAUGGUCCUGGGAGCCAGAGCUGACAGCCCAGGCUGGCCCUGCGUCCGGUCGUGCCUCCAGCGGAGCGGCUACCGUGAGGCCUGCCCAGAGAGCUGCUUGUGCCUUCUGGCCCUGCUGCACGGACUGCGCAGAACCACAGGCUGCGCCUUUUCCGAGGGCAGGGCCAGGGGGCGCUGGUGGGGGUCUGUUAGGGGAUGUAGGGUGGGGUGCUAUGUCCAGGGAGGCCACAGGGCUGCAGGGCUCGAAGUCACUCCUCGGAGUCGGGCAGCAGCCCUGGCUGUGGCAGGUGGGCAAGAAGAUGGCGGUGGCACAGCCGGUCUAGGUAGGCCCAUCCAUGGCCUCUGAAACAAACAGGACCUGGGCUUUCUCCAGCGUGAUGACCACAGUGCUGGGCCAAGCUGCUCUGCGGACACCAAGUUCUCUUCCUGCUGGACACCCCCAUGGCCAGGAGCUUCCCCAGGGCAGCCCUGGCUGCCAGGGAGGGGGCAGAUCCCCGGGCACCCCCUGCCGGAGGCAGCCUCUCCCCAGGGGCCCGCUCUUCCUGCGCCCGGCCCAGACAGCUGCCUCCUUCUCACCAGCACAGCAGCUGGGCCAUCAGGAGCAUCCACGCCCUCCCCGCAGCCUGGGCAGAGGCGUGUGUUGAGAACAGGAAGUGACUCGUGCGGUGUCUUGCAGAGCUGCAAAGGGGUUCUUGCGCUGGAGGUGAGUUCCAGCCCCCCCUCUGGAGCCCUGGAAGGCUCGGCAAGGGGGGGAGCCCUAGGCUGCAGCCACCCCCAGGGACUGAGAGCCGCCGUUCUCCCAAGAAGCCCGGUCUCUCCAAGGCACAGUGUGCGCCAAGAGUGCCCGCCUGGCUGCAGGCCUGUGAGCUGGAGGCGCUCGGCCCCUGGCCAUCCCCCUGAGCCUGCACACCUGGACUGGCCAGGCUGCAGUGACCCCCCCCCCCCAGAGGCAGGGGCCCAAAGCCACUGGGGAGGGGAGAGGAGAGGAGAGUGAGGUCCUGACAGUGCUGCCCAGCAGCCCCUGGGAGGGCCAUGGCCAUCUAAACACGGAGUUGGCUUCUAAACGGGUGGGUCUGAAGUGGCUGUGGGCCUCGCGGGUGCCGUCAGGCCCCUUCCCCACAGGGGCCAGGCCAGUCCUGCGGAGGGAGGGACUGGACUGGAAGUCAUAAACCAGGGUGCAGACAGGAAGCCUGUGUCCGACUGCAGCUUUCACUCUUUAUUGCAGAAUAAAGUUCUGUGUGCAGGUCACGGCCCCAGGUCCCUGCU